GGAAGGGAAAGGAACAGUCGCUUUGCUGCUCAAUUAGCGUUUUAAUCUCCUUGUUAAUCUUUCCUCAAGACAACAGCGGGAUCACAUUUACACUUUUCACAUUUAGCCUUGUUUGUGUAUUUUUAGAGACAGCAGGAGAGGGAGGAAUCCUCUCGCGCUUUGCGUAAAACCAGAUACCAAAGCAUUUUACGCACGAGUUUGAAUUGGCGUUAGUGAGCUGGAUCUUUUUUUUAAACAAGCAGCCUCUGAUGUAUUGAGGGAUAAUGCAGUAAUUUCACUUCGACACAGUUUUGAUUUAUAUUUUUAAAUACUAGAGUUGGGAGAAAAGGAGAAGACAGGGUGACGGGCAAAGUGGACUGUAAGAUAAUAGACAAGAUAAGCUCCAGUUGGACUCAACCCAGCGUUUGCGUCCAGGACCCAGCAGGACCCGUGCAGGACGCCUCCUGACUCUCUGCCCAUGUCUCAACAGCAGAGCACUUUCCCGAGCACCGGCUGUGUGGCGGUGACGCGGCGGACCAUGGACAACAGGCCUGUCCGGAGAAAGCGGAGCGGCGCGGUGCGACAUCUGCUGCUGGCAGCCGCCUUCCUCGCCUGCAGCUCCCAACUGCUGGUGGUGGAUGCCAACUCGUGGUGGUCACUAGCUCUGACCCCAAUCCAGCGGCCAGAGAUGUACAUCAUCGGAGCUCAGCCUCUCUGCAGUCAGCUGUCUGGUCUCUCUCAGGGCCAGAGGAAGCUGUGCCAGCUGUACCAGGACCACAUGAUCUACAUUGGAGACGGAGCCAAGACGGGCAUCAAGGAGUGCCAGUACCAGUUCAGACAGAGGAGGUGGAACUGCAGCACUGUGGACAACACGUCUGUGUUCGGACGGGUCAUGCAGAUCGGCUCCAGGGAAACAGCCUUCACUUACGCCAUCAGCGCAGCCGGCGUGGUCAACGCCAUCAGCCGAGCAUGCCGUGAGGGCGAGCUAUCCACUUGCGGCUGCAGCCGUGCCGCUCGACCCCGCGACCUGCCUCGCGACUGGCUGUGGGGCGGCUGCGGAGACAACGUGCAUUACGGGUACCGAUUCGCCCGAGAGUUUGUGGACGCCAGGGAGAGAGAGAAGAACUACCCGCGUGGUUCUCCUGAGCACGCACGGACACUGAUGAACCUGCAGAACAACGAAGCAGGGAGACAGGCGGCCUAUAACCUCGCAAACGUGGCCUGUAAGUGUCACGGCGUCUCCGGUUCCUGCAGUCUGAAGACCUGUUGGCUCCAGCUGGCUGACUUCAGACGUGUCGGAGAGUUCCUGAAGGAGAAGUACGACAGUGCAGCCGCCAUGCGCAUUGGACGCAAGGGCAAACUGGAGCUGGUAGACAAGCGCUUCAACACCCCGACCCCGGAGGAUCUGGUCUACAUCGAUGCCAGCCCUGACUACUGUCUGCGCAACGAGACCACGGGCUCGCUGGGCACGCAGGGCCGCCUCUGCAACAAAACCUCGGAGGGCAUGGACGGCUGCGAGCUCAUGUGCUGCGGCAGAGGGUACGACCAGUUCAAGACCUACAAGCACGAGCGCUGCCACUGCAAGUUCCACUGGUGCUGCUACGUCAAGUGCAAGCGCUGCACGACGCUCGUGGACCAGUUUGUGUGUAAAUAGCACACUGGCGGACGAUAGACGGAUGGGUGGGGGUGAAGAGGAAGAGGAGGUGACGGGAUGAUGGAGGGUUAAGCAUGGAUGAAUGUUUCAGGGUUUUGUUCAGGAUCAAGUUAAGACACACAAGUAACAUUUUCUGACCAGUUUCCAUUGAUAACUCUCCGGCCUUUUGACGUGAAGAAAGCACAAUGAUGGAUACACAGAUGGGAGGAAGAACAGAUGGAUGAGAUAGAUGAAACCAGAAAGUAAGAAGAGGUUUCUUCCACACUUUUCAGACAACUCUGAUUUUCAUUUUUCAACGGAGAUUCCUGUUUCUCACCACUCCUUACAUCCUGAUCACAACCCUGAAGGAAGGACGGAUGGAAAGAAAGGAGGGACAAAACAGAAGGACAUCAAGGAUAAAUGGACCUGGAAAGUGGAACAACUGGAUCCUAAAACGGGGACACAUAGUGUGAUAACAAAGAUAUGAGAGAUGAAAUAAAUAUAUAAUUAAAUAAUAAAUAAACCUACAACUCUGAUUGUUAUUUAAAGAGACUCGGACAAAGCUAAGGCACACUUUGGACCCAUAAAACUCGUGUGUCCAUGUGUUCGGGAAUCCCCACAAAUCAUUACAGUCCUUUUGGAGUUUGAAGCCAUUUGAGUUUGGAACAGUGUCACCGUGUCUCUUUUUUCUGACCUUUAACCCUGCAAGACAAAUCCUCGCAUACGUGGGCUGUGCUGACGUUGCUCAAACACACUCCCAAUAAGUAAAAAAGGAACACCAGACUGAAGCAAUGAGAAGAGGAAUCACUUAUUGCAAGGGCUAAACAGAAAGAAUGGACGAAUGGAGGAAGUAGAUAAAAAGGGAAAAGGUUAAAAUAAGUGAUUUUUUCGCAACUAAAUUCAGCAGACAGUUUCACAAGCCACGCAGCUGAAUCUCCAGCUGUAGAUUCCUGUUAAAGAAUAAAUAAAGUGCAGUAAAAACGCUUCAUCUUCAAGUCUAAAAAGGACUAACGGCUCACAGGACACACUUUAUCUCAGUUUAACUACUGCUGUUAGAGCAGAUUUCGAGCACCUGUGACCUGACAAGUGUCUCCGCAGGUUAAUGAGGCUUGCAGGUUUUGCGGCCAUCUUGGCACCGCUGCUGUUUAAACAAGCAGCUCACACGGGCAGCGUCCUUCAUCUGACAGUGACGUGAGCGAAACCUCCAUUAGCGAGAUUAAUGUGCUGUAUCUGCCUUAAUGAACCCGCACUAAGAGACACGUUCGCUCUGAGUGGACCUCUUCAUCUCAUGUUGUUAUGCAACUUGGUAAAGGAACAAUUCACCAACAUUAUGACCAUUUUAUAUAUCUUGUACUCACCCAGUGUUACUUUGAAUUUGUAAAAGAAAGCUUGUUUUUUCCACAUGCCUCCACGGUGAACGAAGAAUCCAAAAACAGAGAAAAUUCUUGAUGAAUUGAAGUAAAAGGUCAUGUUUUCAGCCCAAGCUUUUCAUUGAUGACUCUGGUGAUAUUAGCCAUAAUCUCAGAGACAGCUGCUUGAAGUGCCGGUGCAAAUGUGUUAGCUUCUGUGUUAUCUUCAGCUCCUGCAUUAGCUUCUUUGCUAGCUUGAUGCUAAGCUCCUCCGCUUUAUUCGAAUUUGGCUUUCCUCAAUGCGACAUGUUGUCAGGCUGCCUCAGAAAGUUGUUAUUAAUACUCAUCAAGGAAAUAGUCUGUUUGUAGGUUACAAUGUAGAAAGAUGAUGUAAUGGCUCACCAGCUCAACUGAACUGACCUCUCUUAAAGCCGCCAUCUUAACAACCAUCCAAAACAUCUGUUUAAAAACUCUCACACAACUCUUGCAGCCUCAUUUAUCCAGUCAUAUGCUAAGUACUUCUCAAACACAUACAUUUUGGCUAUAAACUUCCACACGAGUAGCACACUUGGACAUGCGAGUGCGUUUGAACUCUGUUUGUGCAUUCCAUUGAGCAUAGUUCAAACAUGAGCACACAUUAAACAUGGCUUAAUAGAGACAAUUACACAAAUACACAAGUACACAAAUCAGCUUCACUAUAA